GCUCUGUCAAGUUUGCCCAGAACCGCGGUCGGCAAAGGGGCGGUGAGCUCGUCCUCCAUCGCGCACACUAGUCGGUGCAUGGUCCGUCAGCAGUCGUUGACUCGAAAUACUUCCCCGCUAUUCCCCGGCCCUUCUUGGGUGCGCGGUUCAGCGCUUGCUUUUUCUGCUUUCUUGUCAGCGGCGCACAACAUCACUCACCUGCUUUUAUCCGCACGAUGCUGGCCUAGGGCCAGCUCAUUACCUUGUUCAUAAUGUACAGAUAACAGACAUUAGAUAGGUGAAAGAAGUAGCGGUCGAAAUGGCGGUUCCAGGGAAGAUUUCUUUGGUGUUCAGCCCGGUAAAGCAGCGAUACUCCAUCGUUGCUCGGGGAAAUGGCAGGGCUCUGGUGCAAGUCCUCCGUGUGGACAUCCACUCGGGCAAGCUUAUGUUCACGUGGACGAAAGGGCGGGACAUCUUUGAGAGCGAGACCGCUGCUCUGGACUUCUUGAAGCAGGCAGAUGGCUCCAUCCAGGUCUUGGCCACAGCGCCCUACAUCCUGGGCUACGUGGUAAUUGGGCCCUGGGGGCUGCUGCUUGUGGCGGAGAAGUUCCGCGUUUCCGCCUCGCUGCCCGGGAACCACGAAGUCAAGACGGUCACCAAGUCGCACUGGAUCAAGAUCCCGCUGCAGCUCAACCUGUCGCUGCAGUCCGUACAGGCGCCGGAGGCUGUCCUAAAGGACGAGAAGGCGAUGAAGGACGAGAUCGACAAGGGCAUUGAGCGCCUGCUGUCCUUCCCCAUCGACGGCGCGCACUUCCUGUGCGACACGCUGGACAUCACGCGGCCCUUCCCCUCCUACCGCGGCGUGAAGGACCCCAGCUGGGACCUGGUGUGGAACCGCUGGAUGAGCGCGCCCUUCCGCAACCUGGGCCUGGACCACCUGUGCCCGCCGCUGCUGCAGGGCCUGUGUGAGUCGCGGCAGCUGGAGGACUUUGACGGCGCCAAGUACUGGGUGGCCAUGAUCAGCCGCCGCGGCUGCCUGCACCCAGGGCCCCGCUACAAGGCGCGCGGGCUGAAUGACUACGCGGAGCCGGGCAACGAGCUAGAGGUGGAGCAGGUGCUGUGGCGGCAGCAGCACCGCGACGGCAGCCUGCUGUGGAGCCGCUACACGUGGCGCCGCGGCAGCGCGCCGCUGUGGUGGGGCGUGUCCAUCAAGAACAACGGCAUCGGCGAGGCGGAGAUCAAGAUCCGCUCACACAACACCUUCAAGGGCUCCAAGAGGUACGUGCGGCGGCUGCAGCGGCGCUACACGCCCACCGCGCAGCUGGACCCCGACCCGCCCGCCGCGGGCCCCGACGGCGACCCCACCCGCCUGGUUCCCAUCACCUUUGUGAGCCUGCUGCGCAAGGGCACGCCCGACCGCGACCGCAGCGAGGCCAAGCUGGCGUCCGCGUUUGACUUUGUGGUUGCGGCGCUGCGCAAGGAGCACGGGCUGCCGCUGACCUACAUCGCGCUGGACUGGCACGAGAUGGACAAGCAACUGGGGCAUGUGGGCAUCGUGGAGGCCUUCUGGAACACGGUGAAGGACCUGCUGCCGGCUCAGGGCUUUGCGCUGGGGACGCUGGAGAAGGUAGGGCCGGACCACACAGAGGUCUGCGCCGACGCGGAGCGGCCGGGCGCGCCGGCGCGGCCGGGCGACGACGGCUCUGGCAUUGUGGCGCCUCGCGUGUCCGCCGCCGGCAUCGGCUGGCGGGCGCACUGGCUACGGCAGCAGCGCGGCGUGACGCGCUACAACUGCGCCGACUCGCUGGACCGCACCAACGUGGGCUCCUUCUUCGGGGCGGUGCAGGUGAUGAUUGAGCAGUGCCGCGAGCUGGACAUCGCCAUCGCCCGCACCCGCCCCAGCGCCGAGCAGCUGGCGGCGCUGGCGGCGGCCCGCGCAGCGCGCGACCCGCGCACCUUCACCCGCGCCAGCACCAACGCCUCCACCAGCUCGGCCGCCGGCGCUGGUGGCAUCGGCGGCGGCGGCGGUGGCCCCGCUGGUGCGGGGCUGCAGCAGCCCGGCGGCACGCCGGGGCCGCUGGCGAUGACGCAGCCUUACACGCCCGGCGCGGCCGUGGCGGGCGCCCCGGGGGCGAACAACAACGCGGCCGGCAACAUGUUCGGCAUGACGGGGACGGCCGCGGCGGCGGCCGGGGCGGCGAUGCUCGAAAAGUUUGGCAAGCAGGUUGCCAACGGCAUCACCACCAUGAUGACCGGCGACGGCCGCAGCCCCAUGCGCGGAGCCAACAUGCCCCCCGGCGCCGGCUACGGCCCCGGUGCCGGCGGCAGCGGCAGCGGCCACGGCAGCUCGCCGAUGCAGCGGGCGGCGCCGCCCCCCGGAGCAGGAGGCCCCGCAACGCCUGGCCCAGCGCCGGCGGCGGGGCCGGCGGCGGGCGCUCCGGAUGCGCCGCUGCAGAAGAAGAUCACCAUUGCGCCGGACGGCCUCCCGCUGCCACCCGGCUGGGAGGCCAAGAUCGACAAGACCAGCAACCGCAUCUUCUACGUGGACCACAACAGCCGCUCCACCACCUGGGAGCGCCCGCCCGUGCCCGCCUCCGGCCGCCUGUCCUCGGACGCGCUCAGCACCGUUUUCCAGCCCGGCAGCGGACCCGGCGGCCAGCAUGUGACGGCCCUGGGCGCGGCGACGCCGGGGGGCGGCAACGGCGCGCCGCCGCACAUGCGCAUGCCGGGGCAGGAGCCGCGCGGGCCGGCCCUCAGCGUCGGCAGCGUGACCUCCAGCCAGGCUGCGCCGGGGGCGCAGGUGCCCCUCACGCCCCGCGCGUCGACGCCACACGCCGCAGACUCGCCCGGGGACGCUCUGGGCCAGGUCCGCGCCGGUCCCACCGGCGGCAGCCACAACCGCACCGACUCGGCGGAGGGCGCGGAGCCGGAGCGCUUCGAGCCGCUCACGCCCUGGUGCAUGCUGCGGCAGGUGGGCCGUGUGGCGGGCAUCAGCCGCCGCAUCCAUCCCGAGGCGCUGUCCAUGCUGGCCGAGCUGUUCCUGGUGAACGGCGACAUGUGCGCCUGGCUCUACACCGGCUCGCAGGCCAUGCACAGCGAGCGCAUUCUGAUCUUUGAGCCGGAGACGUCCAAGCUGCGCAAGGCGGGUGUGGGCGCGUACGGCAACGCCAUCGUGGCUGUGAAGCGGCGCUACAACAACGUGGUGGUCGACAAGGAGAAGCAGUCCAUGAUUGACGUGUUCCUGGGCUACAAGCAGCGCGAGUACUUCCCCUCCGCCUGGCUGGCCUACCAGGUCUGGGACAAGGAGGGUGUGCCGCUGGAGGGCGACGAGGCGGACGACCUGGACGGCGAGCCCGUGGGCCAGAUCGACUGGCCGCUGCCGGAGCGCAACGCCGGCCACCACAUGCACCCCAUGUACGGCGCGAUGGGCUCCUCCGCCUCCGUCAGCGGGCCGUCGGGAGGCGGCGUGGGAGGCGGGUUGCACAGCUACAGCUUGGGUAUGUCGCACGGUGUGGGGCUGGGCGCGCCGCACCACGCGCAGCCGGGGGCGGUGCACGCGGGCGGCUACAGCAGCACCACGGCGGCGGCGGGCGUGCCGGGGCCCGGGCUGGCGGGGCUGGGCGGCUUCGGCGCGGGAGGCGGUGUCGUGGCGGGCGGCGUGGCGGGCGGCAAGGCGGGGCUGGGCGGGGGCGCGGGCCUGGGGCACGUGUACAGCGUGGGCGACCUGGCGGCGGCGGGCUCGGCGGCGGCGGUGGUGGGCGCGGCAGGAGGCGGCGGGCCCGCCAGUGGACCCGCCUCGGCGCAGCUGGCCGGCGGCAACAGCCGUCCGUCCCGCCGCGGCAAGUCCAUGAGCACGGAGGAGCUGGCCGAGCAGCUGAAGCAGAUCCACCUGCACAGCCAGCUCACGGACGAGCAGAUGAGGGCCAUGCGCAAGGCCGGCAGCGAGGCCGUGCUGACGUCCCUGGACAGCGCCAACAGCGUGGACCUGAUCCAGCUGGGCGGCCCGGACGAGAGCGAGACGUCCUCCGUGGCCUCGGCCUCGCUGGCGGCGGCGCCGUCGCGCCCGGGCACCGGGCUGCCGGCCUACGCCAGCGACCAGGCGCUGCUCAUGCACCACAGCGCCAGCGAGGAGCAGAUAGGCCUGGGCGCCGCCGGGGCCGCGCAUGGCGGCGGCGCCGGCGCCGGCCUGUCGCCGCUGCAUGCGUCAUCCGGGGUGGCCGCGGGCUUCACGGACUGGGCGCAGUUCUCGGACGACGCCAGCGGCACCGGCACCGGCAGCAACACGCCCGACCGGCGCGGCGCGCCCUCCGGCCUCAAGCCGGCGCUGAAGAAGCCCGCGCCGCCCUCCGUGACGGACCCGCUCGCCUCGCUGCUGGACUCGGAGCUGUUGUAGCACCGGCGCCUGCGCAGCUGCUGAGGAGCGGGGCGGAGCGGAGCGGGGCCGCUGCGGAGCGGGGCGGAGCGAGGUGGCAUUGAACGCGCGGGCGCUGCUGUGUGCGCGAUGGGGCUCAUAUGGAUGCGGGCUGCAGGGCCCAGGGCGGCCCAGGGCUCGCCAUGCACGGGUGCGCACUGGCUGCUGUCAUCGUGGUUCUGGAGGCGGCGGGAGGCGGCGCUGGCGCCGCCACUUGCUCUGGUGUUAGGAGGGCACAAGGGGAAGGGGUCGACACGCUCCGGUCUUAUAGGGUGCGGGGCGACGGGGCCUGGCUGUGUGGACGGGUAGGUGUUUUGACGAUGGGGGAUGGCGUCUGCGUGAUUCGGCGUUCAAAUAUCGCGGUGCGGUGCGGGGCUCCCUAAGCCCCGCCUGGUAUACAGUGGUAGUGCCCGAGUGGUCAGCAAUCUAGUACGGCGGGGUUAGGGCGUCCAUUGGACGGCACGCUGUGAUUCGGGCGUGUGCCGGUGUCUACCUGUCGCGUGGGGCACCGGUGUGUGGGGUCGCGCCUAGGACUGCGGUGACCCUGGGGCACGCAGGCACGCGUGAACGGGGUGGUUGGCCUCGAGCGCAUAUGAGUCAUGUCAAAUGCCAAAUGUGUAAGACGCCAUUUCAGAAAAAUAUAAGCUAGUGUGAAUGCGCGAGAUGGACGGGCCGUGGAAUGGAACUCGGGAUUCCGCGAAUUUCCCGUUGAUCCCGUCUUACCGCUAGCCCUCUUACACCGUCCUUAGUGGUCGUCUGUCCUAGGCGCAAACUCAAUACAUGGCUUCGGCGUGUGGGGACGCGGCGUUGGCGAGUGCCACGAAUGGCCCUAAUACCGUGGGGGCAUGUUGUGAUGUUGGGUGACGUGACAGCGACAGGGAAUCAGG